GAAAACGGUUAUAAGUAUUAUUGAAGGCGAUUAACUUGAUGUUUUUAUCGGAGUAGUUUAACGGCCGCCAAUCGCCGUCCCUCAUUCAAACCAAAUUUUAUUCUACUCGUAAUAUUUUUUUCAGAUAAUAAAGUUUUGAAAUAAACAAAAUAUUCUAGGAAACCCAUUAUUAUCAUUAAAAGAAAAAUGGCAACAUCAUCAAAAGUGAAGAAAAAGGCAACAAUCAUUUCAUUCAUAUCUUCCAGAAUCUUCUUUUUCUUUAUCUUCUUCCAAAUUCCUCUUUUCAGAUUCCCAUGUCGAAUUGGUACAUGCAUGUCGCCAAUGGAGCUAACAUCUUCACAAUUGGUUGCAAGUGAAGUGAUUCCUGCAGGGGUAGUCAAGGCUCUCCUGUACCCUGGUGCCAUUGGAAAAGCAAUCUUUAACAACAAGCCUAUUCCUAAGUAUAAGAACAUACUAGACACCUACAAGUUGAGAAAUGUUCAACAAGGUCCUUCAUCAUAUGAUCUCCAGCAUAUCGAGGUUCUAGCUGGAAGCUAUCUGGCUGUGGCAGGAGCGAUAAUCGGUCUCUUCAGAUCAAGAAGAUUGGGCCUUUUUGGUAUGCUUAUGUUAAUCUGGGGACUUUCCAGGGAACCCCGUUUUUCGAAAGGUCACAAAGUUUCCGUUUCUGUCUACUACCCUACAAUGUCAAUCGCGGUCCUUUCUGCCUUCCUUUCUAUAAGAGAUGAUGUUAAAAAGAUUGCUUCUUGUUUCAAGUGGACCUUUUCAAAGCCCAAGUACAAAUGAACCUUUGAACCGCCAAACAACAUCACACAAGUUUCACAUUUCUUUUUUAUCUACCAGUUAUUCACAUUAGAUCCACUAUUAGCAUUUCCCCUUUGUGUUUACAAUUUUUCUAGCUGAUACUUUUAACCAUUAGUAUGGCCUUUCUCAAUCAUGAUCCAAAAGGAAGAAGUGUGCCAAGAGUGUAGAUGGGAGUUCAUGAAAAUUUGUAAAGCUAGCUUAGCAACACUGUAAAUGCUGGUUCCGUACCCAGAUCACAGUGAGAAAUAGUAACACCAGAUCAUGAUCAUCUUUUGGUAUUCUAAUCUUACAUUAGUUGGGAUUUAUGAAGAAAUAUCUUGUUUUUAUAUAUGUAAUAAUGUCUAUUCUUGCUUA